AGAAAAUGGCGGAAGUUGUCGGUUAACUAAAACGGGUAGGAAAAAAAAAAACACUGGGGCGUCAACAGAAGGAAAAGUGUGAAUAAAAAUGGCGGCUGUUUUACUUCAUGUUACAAACAUUAAUGUGUCUGUGGGACAAACGAUGGAACCCGAGAAAAGCUCCAGUUUGGUGAAAGACUUUGAGAGUGUGGAGCUCAGUGACGCAGCAAGGAAGCAGAAAGUCCCACGCAGAACCAUUUACUUUGCCAGUGGUGAAACGAUGGAGGAGUUCAGCACAGAUGAGGAAGAAGAGGAAGAGGAAGAGGAGCAGCGCAAACAAACUGCCAUGAGUACUAUUGAUUCGUCAAAAUUGACCUGGGGUCCAUAUUUCUGGUUCCACAUGUGGAGAGUGGCCACCAACACCAUCUCAGUGUGUGAUUAUCUGGGAGAGAAAUUGGCAUCAAUGAUGGGCAUCACCACACCUAAGUAUCAGUAUGCAAUUGAUGAGUACUACAGGAUGAAGAAAGAGGAGGAAGAGGCAGCUGAGGAAGAUCGUCUUUCUGAAGAAGCCGAGCGGCAAUUCAACAGUCAGCAGCGUGAUAAAGAACAGAAUCCGACUGUGGAGCAGCCUGAAGGGACGAGUUCCUUCGUCAACAUGAGUUUCGAAGUAGAACAAGAGUCGUCCUCAUGAUCAAGUGCUUUUUCUCCACAUUAAUCUCUCAUCACUGAUGAUAAUGAUAUAUUUAACCAAGAAAACUGUCAAAACUGAGUACUUUUCUGACCUGUUUAUAUCUACAGCUGUGUGUGUGUGUGUGUGUGUGUGUGUGUGUGUGUGGUCAUAUAUUUAUUUAUACGCUAAGUGCAUUAACACCUGUGCGUGUUGUGAUCGUACACUUGAGUUGUGGUGCUACACGUUACACUGCUGUUAGUGACUAAAGAAACACACCUGUAUAAUGGAGGUUCCACAGCCUUCAUUGUAAAUAUAAACAGAUUAAAACUACGUGGUCGUUUAACCUCAGCACCUGAGACACACCUCUGAUGACUGUCUCUGGACAUCCCCCACCCCCACCCCCACACACAC